CCUGCAGUGUUGCAGGAAGCACGCAUUUUAACCUCACCAGCUAGGAUUUCCAACAGAGUACCCGCAAAUAAUUGCAUUUUCAAAGAUGAUGCGAAGACCCCGAGCAACAACUGCCAAGGCUGUGGCGUACAGAGACAUGGACUCCGACCUGUCAUUUUCCCAAACAGCCAGUAGCGAUGACAAUAGUGAGGAGUGGAGACCAUCGGAGCCAAAGCCAAAAGCCCCAAGAAAGACUGCCAGAGACCCUGCAGCAGGAGAGAAGAAAGUACCUGCUAAGAGAACUGCUAAAGCAAAGGAGCCAAAACCACCCAAACAACCUAAAGCUCCCAAAGUGCCUAAAGAGCCGAAGCCAAGGGCACCGCGCAAACCUGCAGCAGAGGGAAAAUCGCUGGCAGCUAGAGUUCUGAAGGAUCCUGGUGCACCUGGGUUAGCUGGAACAAAGAGGAAAAAAAAAUAUGAUGGCAAAAUGGACACGGUUGGAGAAGACAAAGGAGAAAAACAGAUUGAUUGUCCACAGGGAGAGAUGGCUGAGAGUGGGCCAAGUGUCAGAAUGAAGGAAGAGAGGCUGUCAUUUAUUGUGUCAGAAGCCCAUCAGACAGACAGAUGGCCAGGCGAGGGCCCAUCAUUUGCUGGGCCUAUAGUAAAGAAAGAGAAGGUGGAGGAGGAGGAUUUCACAUUUGAUAACCCCUGUCAAAAGAAAAUGAAGACCAGUGGUGCCUGCCAGGGACAACCAACUGCUCUACCAUCAUCAGAAGCACAAACUCUUUCCAAUGAACUCAAUAUGAACUGGGACUUGAUAGAGCUGCUGUCCACCCUGACAUGUGUGGAGCGAUGGGUGUGUGUAAAUAUCAUUGUGCUGCUUCGUGAGGAGAACACGGUGCCAUUCAUGGUGCGAUACCGAAAAGAAAAGAUUAACCACAUGGAUGCCGAUGCCGUCAGAGAUGUCCAGCUGGUGUAUGAGGAGUUAUGCUCUCUAGCUAAGAAAACCCAGUCUGUGAUUCAGACCCUGAAGAAGGACGGGGUUUUGACAACUGAGCUGGAACAAAACCUGAGAAGCUGCCGAUCAGCUGAUGAAUUGGAUCAUGUGUAUUCUCCCUAUAAGAAAGGCAGUAAGCUGACAAAGGCUCGCCGGGCCAAAGCACUGGGCCUUGAGGAGGCCACCUCUUCACUGAUGGACACACCGCACACUCUGGAUUUAAGGGAGUGGGUAAAACCUGGUACUGAAGGUCUGUCAUCGGUGGAAGAAGUGGCUACAGGUGUGGAGCAUAUUUUGGCUGAUAUGAUCGCCAAAGACCCUGAGACACUCACCUACGUGAAAACAUUGUGUGAGAACAACUUUGUGACAAUCCAGUCCUCUGUGUCCAAGUCAGCAUUAAAGGAAAAAGAGCAGGAAAAAUCUGUCCAAGGCCCCAAAAAACCCGGGGCCCAGCAAAACAAAAACAAGGACAUCGACAAGUUCAGCCUCUACUUCGACUUCACCUGCAACAUCAAGAGCAUCCAGUCGCAUCAGACCCUGGCUAUUAACCGAGGGGAGAGUCUGAAGAUUUUGACAGUGAAGGUGAACAUUCCUGACAGGGUGAAGUGUGACUUCACCAGGUGGUGCAUCAACAACAGGUGGAGGCCAAGGACGUUUGCAAGAGAGGAGCUUAAUGCAGUCAUCAGGAAUGCAGUAGAGGACUCUUAUAAAAGGCUUAUUCUGCCUUUUCUCACCAGGAGUUACAGGACUAAGCUGACAAGUACAGCAGAGAAGGAGUCGAUCGCCAUGUUUGUGCGGAACCUCCGGCAGCGCCUGUUGGCGUGUCCAGUCAGAGGCUGUGUCAUCAUGGGGGUGGAUCCUGGUUUUAGACAUGGCUGUAAGCUGGCAAUUCUCUCCCCCACUAGUCAGAUUCUCCAUACUGAUAUUGUGUACCUGCAUAAUUCGGACAGGCAUAGAGAAGCAGAAAAACUGUGCCACCUUAUGAUCAAAUACAGCUGUACAAGGGUUGUCAUUGGCAACGGGACAGCAUGUCGUGAGACUGAAUCCUUCUUCGCUGACCUCAUCUCGAGGCACUAUUGUUACCCCCUGGACGUGUCCUACUGUAUAACCAAUGAGGCAGGAGCAUCCAUCUACAGUGUGAGUCCUGAGGCAGUCAAAGAGAUGCCAGACUUGGACCCCAACCUUAGGAGUGCAGUGUCCAUUGGAAGACGUGUCCAGGAUCCUCUGGCUGAGCUUGUGAAGAUUGAUCCUAAACACAUAGGCAUUGGAACAUACCAGCAUGAUGUGUCAGCCGGAGCUCUGAAGGCAGCACUGGAUGGCGUGGUGCAGGAAUGUGUGAGCUUUGUGGGGGUGGACAUCAACAUCUGCUCCGAGACACUGAUGAGGCAUGUAGCAGGCCUAAAUACGGGCAGGGCGAGGAAUAUUGCAGAGUGGAGAGAGCAGAAUGGUCCCUUCAUCAACAGGGAGCAACUCAAACUGGUCAAAGGCAUGGGGCCCAAGACCUACCAGCAGUGUGCUGGCUUCAUUAGAAUCAACCCACAGACCAGUGCCAAAUCCUCAAGUCACCCUGCACCAGCAGUGCCAGAGAAACCAGCAGCAAAGAAAGGCAAAGGAAAGACCUGUGUCAACGUACCAACCUCAUUUAACCCCCUGGACCAGACCUGCAUACACCCAGAGUCCUACAAUGUGGCACAGAGAUUUCUGUCCAUUGUGGGUGGGAGUGCAGACCAGAUCGGGAGUGCAGACCUGCGACAGUGCGUGGAGAGCAAGGUUCGGAGCAGCACUGUAGAGGAACUGGCCAGGACAGUGGACACCACACCCGAGACCCUCAAACUCAUCAUAGAUGGCCUCACACAGCCUCCUGGGUUUGACAUGCGACAAAAUUUUGGGCAGGCGGACUUUAAGCGGGGCAUUGUGUCGAUGAGUGAUCUGCGGGUGGGUGCGGUGCUGACGGGCCGAGUGGACAACACAACUCUGUUCGGGGCUUUUGUAGAUAUCGGUGUUGGCCGCUCGGGCCUCAUCCACAAGAGCAAUAUCACUCUGGACAAACUGCCUGUCAGCCAGCGCCGGCGCAGCCUGGCUCUGGGACCUGGGGAACGGGUGGAGGUCCGUGUCCUGAAUUUGGACUCUCAGAGGGGACGAAUCGGCCUGGAUCUGAUCAGGGUCCUGCAGUAGAGUCACUCACUAGGCAUUAUUUUGUUCAGGUUUUCUAUCUUUCAAAUGCAGGUUCUGCAUUUGUUCUGCAAAAAUGGUUAAUUGGUCCAAAUAAGAACAGCUGUUAGAAGUCCAGUGAAAUUAAAGCAAACCAAAGUUCCUCCUCCUCAUUUUGUCAGGCAGCACUCACUCUUAGCUUGUGCAUGUACCCUGUGUAUCAUCCGGAGUGGUACGGUUGGACUGAACACUAAACUUGAUGGCCUAACUCAAGGUGAAAAUAUCACUUUUUGUUUGCCAACUUCCUGACUAGCUAUCUGCACACACUGCUGUUUACUGACCAUUAGAGGAGACUCUGAUGGGACAGCUUAUAGAGAUGGAACCCAUAAUUAUUUGCACUUUAGCAGCAUUGCAGAUACUGUAGCCUCAUAAUUGAGUGGCUAUUCUUUACUUUCUAUAAAUGAAUGAAUAUUUAAAUAUAAUUCACAUACUAAUGCACAUUCAACUCUUCAAGUAAGUUUUGCACUUCUCUGCAGUUUGUCAAGACCCAUCUUUGUAUCUUAGUUAUUUUAAAGCAGACUUUGUUUCGUGUGUUUAUGAACACUGAAGGACUAAAUUGUUAUCUUAUACACUUUUGAAAUUGUUAAAAGAGUGGCGUCAUAUACUUAAGUUUUGACAUUAAAAA